GUUGGCGGAGUGGUCUCUAAGGUCACCCUCACGCGGGGGCUCGCUGCACAUUCGGGACCCGCGCACGGGCCGCGCCAGCGUGUGAACACUGGGGAGAGACUCCCAGCACCGCUGCAGGCCCAACUGUGAAGCGCCGCCAAGCAAUGUAAAGAGGGUGAGACACGCACAGAACAGGACGACUUGACCAAAGACCCCAGGCAGUGCGUGCCCACCGGGUCAGAAACACGGGGCGGCGGCGUCUUCUACUUGCCACCCCCCACCCAUCUGUCUUCACUGGUGUCAUUUCAAUCAAAGCCCAAAGGGAAUCUCUUUGGCCCAUAAAUUGAAGAUACUGAACGGCCGGAAAAUAUUGGUAGGAUGCGCGGUGGGCGAAAGUUCCCUGGGCUGCCUGCCCCGCUCCUGGGCUCGUGCACGUGUCCUCGUCACGGGCUCGGCUCCCGGGAGACCUGCGUCACUCCCAGGGCCACAAUGGGGAGGAGAGGUGACAGCAUGCGGAGCGCUCCGUGCCUGCGGGGUGUCAUGUACAGGCCAUUGCUCUGUGAUCACAGAUGGUGCCCGCUGCUCCAGGUGCUCCUGCCGUGGUCCAAGGAGGAAGGAGGAAGGGGAGAAGGAGGUGCCUGUUUCAGGGAAGGACGUGUUCCCCGAAGCCCUAGGAGGUCCCUGCUGACGUCUUGUUUGCCAGAAGUGUCCUGCGGCCACCCCGAGCUUCGAGAGAGUCUGAAUUGCCAAUCCUUUUCCCCGGGCGCCUUAUCUGGCCUGUUCGUUGGGACCCAAACCAACUUCCCUUCCGACGGCGCAGAGAAUCCCACGCGCCGGGACGAGCUUGAGGGAAAGGAAGGGGCCGGCUCUGGACGGUGCGGGAGGCCCCUGGACAGGGCAGAGGGGCUGGGCACCCGUGGCCCCGCUGUGCCAGCCCCAGCCUGCUUUGUGGGAUUUUCACCUCGGACCCUCGGCGCCCCGGCCACGGUCAGUGGGGAAACCUGA